AUGGCGUUGGAGAGCGAUCGCAGCAACAAGCGACAGAGAGUCACCUCAGAGAGCCGCGGACCCACAUUCCGCAAGGAUGAAGCGGCAUUCGAGGUUGGCUCCAGCUGGCGUGUGCUGGUGCUGCGGCUGGGGGAGCGGUGCAUGGAGUUCGAUGGGCGCAUGGACCCCAUCGAACAGAUGGUGUCGUUGCUAAAUGUGGACUAUGAGGAGUUUGGGGCGUCGGUGGUGGAGCAUGUGAUGGCCGGCUUGCAGUCCGCUCCCCUACCACCUGCGUUGCGAGGACCCGCCCUCCAUUUCCCGGCCCUCCUUUCAUGCCUUUCUUCCUCGUGCUGCUCAUCUGCUCUCAACCAGGCUGCCUUUGAAACAGGCGAGUGCAACAAGAUGCGCAUUCUGCUACGCCUGCUUGCCCUGCUGUCCGUGGCAGCAGUAGUGCCAGAGUCCGAGGUGUUGCAAGUUUUGUCUCUUCUGGUCGACACCGCCACCUCGCAUCUCGAUCCGACAGCUGGCGGGAAUCCCAACUGGCAGCCGCGGGCGGACUUCUUUGUCUUUUGUGUGCUUGCCUGCCUCCCCUUCACUGCUCAGGACUGGCAGGAGUCACAUCCGGACGAGCUAGCGAGUCUGCUAGCAGCAGCGCAGGGCUACAUGGAAGCGCGCUCGCCCCUCAUCUUCCCGGCACUCGCAGUCUUCGAGCCUCAGCCCAAUGACACCACGCCGCCACAGGACUAUCUGGAGGAGCUAUGGGAUCGCAUCAAGGCAAUCAAGGAAGAUUCCUGGAAGGCGGAGAGUGUCCCUCGCCCACACGUGGCAGUCAAGGAAAGGCUCUCCUCCUCCAUGCGCCACCCCCUCGGCCUCUUCACUCCGCCGCCGCCCCCCCCCGCUGCCACCCCUCUCGACGCGGAUGCUGACAUGGACGAGGGCGACGGCGAGCACAAGCAGACAAGAGCCGCCGCCCGGCAGCGGUUCGAGGCGCUGCAACAGUUCCCCCCGCCCCGGAUUGGCCGGCUGAAGCUGUUUCCGCCAGCCAAGACAGACGCGACAAUGUCACCCAUCGACCGCUUUGUGGUGCAGGAGUAUCUGCUGGACGUGCUCUUUUACAUGAAUGGCAGUCGCAAGGAGUGCGCAAGCUACCUGGUGGGCCUACCUGUGCCCUUCCGCUACGAAUACGUCAUGGCGGAAACCGUCUUUUCCCAGUUGCUGCUGCUUCCCCGGCCGCCCUUCCGCCCCAUCUACUACACAAUCGUCCUCGUUGACCUCUGCAAGGCACUCCCAGGAGCCUUCCCAGCGGUGCUGGCGGGGGCGGUGAGGGCUCUCUUCUCCCGGGCGGCAAUCAUGGACGUGGAGUGCAGGACACGUGUCAUCCAGUGGUUGGCCCACCACCUGUCCAACUUUGCGUUUGUGUGGCCGUGGGCGGCGUGGGCGGCAGUGGCACGGCAGCCGGAGUGGGCCCCACAGAGAGUGUUUGUGUCUGAGGUGCUGGAGAGGGAGAUUCGGCUCUCCUACUUCGACAAGAUCAGAGAGUCCCUGGGCAGCACAGAGAUGGAGCAGCUACUGCCUCCCAAGCCCGAGCCAGUCUUCAAGUUCAAGCGCAACCGAGCUGCGGGGCCGGGGCGUCUGCUGGCGCCCGCAGAGGGGGAAGGGGAGGGGGACGGGGAGAAGAAAGAGGGGGAGAAGGCGGGGGAGGGAGAGGGGGACCGAGACAUGAAGGACGGGGGCGAGGGGGAGGGCGGGGAAGGGGGAAAAGAAGGGGAGAAAGACGGGGGGAAAGGCGCGGUGCAGCAGUACGGAGAGGGGGUGGAUGCAGCAGCGGUGGAGGUAGCUGAGGAGUUGAUAGUGAUGGUGCGGACGAAGCGGGCGGGUAAGGAGGUGGCGGUGUGGGUGGAGGAGCAGGCGGUGGGCAAGGUGGGCGGGGACAAGGGGAGGGCGCUAGACGUGGUGGCACAGACGCUGCUGGUGCUGGGGUCGAAGAGUAUUACCCACGCGGUGACUGUUUUGGAGAGAUACGGGCUGGCGCUUCAGCUGCUCGCACCUGAUCAGCCCUCACAGGUGCAGCUGCUGCACAGCAUAUGGGCCGUGUGGGCCAAUGCACCGCAGAUGGCAGCAGUGGUGGUGGAUCGCUGCCUCGGCUUCCGCCUCAUCUCACCGCUCGCUCUAUUGGAUUGGUGCUUCCUACCGGCACACUAUGAGCUCUACCACACAUCUGAACGCAUUUGGGAGAUUCUCCGCACCGCUGUAAGCAAGGCCACCAACCGCCUGCGCCACGUCAGCGCUGAGGUGGCGGCGCUCGAGAGGGCGUCGGCUGUGGCAGCAGCGGCUGCCAGCAAGGCGCGCAGCGAAUGGGAGGCUGCCACGUUGGCAGUGGAGGAGGCAGAGGGAGAGGAGGCGAAAACACAGGCUGCAGCCAAAAAUGAAUGGGCCAAGGUGGGUGUGUGUGGGUUGCGGUAA